AUCAUCCAUCCUCUGCUUCACCUUCUCUUCUCCUCCUCCUCCUGCCGCCCUCGGGGCCGUUUUCCCUCCCUGGACACGCUCCGGAGAGGAAGGAGGCGCAGCCGGGCGGGGGGAGCUGCGGGCGGGCGGUAAAAGGGAGGACACCGGGAUGGUCGAGAACUCGCCGGCCCCGCUGCCAGAAAGGGCGAUCUAUGGAUUUGCCCUUUUUCUAGGAUCGUGGUUUGGCUUCAUUUUAUAUCUCAUCUGGGCAUAUAUUCCUGAGUCUUGGCUCUUCUCCUUGGGAUUGACAUACUGGCCUCAAAAGUACUGGGCAGUUGCUUUGCCAGUUUACCUCCUGGUUGCUGUAGGAAUUGGUUAUAUUUUGCUUUUUGGGAUUAACAUGAUGAGCACAGCUCCACUCAACUCCACACACACCAUCACAGAUAACUACGCGAAAAAGCAGCAGCAGAAGAAGUUUCAGGAGGAAGCAAUUCCAGCCCUGAGGGAUAUUCCCAUCAGUGAAGUGAACAGAAGGUUUUUCCUCCCUGAGAAAGGAAUCUGCGACAGCAGAUAGUCAUUACUGAGGUUUGUUUGAGCAAAGGAUUAGUGGAAAUGUUGCCCAAGGACAGUCAAAACCUCUCCAAGCUAA